AUGUCACACUUCAACAAGGCAGUCGCUGAGAAGGCGCGUCUAGAUGCCAUCGCUGCAAGCUUCGACAACGCCACCACGACACCUGACCUCGUAGUACUAUGCAAUCACCGGCGCAUCCUCUGUCACAAGAACAUCUUGACUGGUCAGUCGAAGUGGUUCCAGAAAGCAUGUGACGGCAAGAAAGCAUGUGACGGCAAGUUCAAGGAGUCGCAAUCGGACACCAUCGGGAUCCACGAGGAGGACGACAAGAUCAUCUACGCCAUGCUCGAGUUCUGCUAUCGAUUCGAGUACAUCGGUGCAGGGUGCAUCUCCUCCCUAGGCGCGUCGCAGAAAGACGCACCAGCUUUCCACGCGCAUAUGUUCGCCGCAGGCGAGAAGUACUUCGUGCAGGGCCUCAAAGACCUGGCUACGGAUCAUUUCAUCAAGUCCGUCAAGGCUGCUUCGGACGAUGAUCUGGCUGCAGCAAUCAGAGCCGUCUACACUGAGGUCUCUGAUCCCGACAAAAUUUUGCAAGCAGUGGUCACCGAAGCUGUCCUGGGCAAAGCUACAACACUACUCAGCGGCGCCAGCACCGUCCUCAACGACCUCCUUGACGCUUUGCCAGCCUUCGGCGGCGACAUGACGAGAGCCUUCGCAAAAAGCAAGUCGAGCAGGACUCCAAGCAAGCCCCAGCGCCAUCCGCCUCAAACGAAACGUCAAUGA